ACAGCUGAUAGCAAGCGACGAACGGGCACUCUGUCAGAAAUUUGUGUGAACGAGGAAAACUUGAUUAUUUACGAAAAUUGCGAUCUAAUUUGUCUCCCAAAGCGAUGUCUGCGCUCUUUCGUCUGACCAGCCGCGCCGUGGCGCUGCAGCGUUCCCUGGUGGCCAGCCAGGCAGCCACCAUACACGCCAGCCGCAGCAUCAAGACAUCGCCAAAGAAAGAUGAGACCAUUGCCGCCCCCACCUCUGUCACAACGGAGGACUUCGCCAAUCCCAACCCCAAGAACUGGCAGAGCUAUGGCUUCGACUACAAGGAUCAGGCUGAGGAUCGCAAGGCGACCAAGUCGACGUUCUUCGUCACCGUGACACUGUGCCUGGUGUGGGGAACCUUUUACUGGGCCUACCUGCCCGACACCCAGUUCCGCGACUGGGCCCAGCGCGAGGGCUUCCUGGAGCUGCGCCGCCGUGAGCAGGCCGGCGUCGAUUUGGUCAGCCCCGACUACGUGGACCCUGCCAGCAUCUCGCUGCCCUCGGACGAGGAUCUCGCCGACACGGAGAUCAUCAUCUAAACAUUUAGUGCUCUAUCCUUAGUCUGUUAUGUAAUAUCAUUGCGGCUGGCGGCCAGAGCGAUGCCGUGCGGCCUACCCGUUAAUAAACUGCAAGUCUUGGCGUGUAAAA